CAUGGAGGACCGGAGCCGCAUGCCCUACACCGACGCCGUCAUCCACGAGUUCCAGAGGUUCUGCGACGUCAUCCCCAUGGGCGUAGCGCGCCGGGUGAUCAGGGACACCCAGUUCCGGGGAUACACUAUUCCCAAGGGGACGGAGGUGUACCCGAUGCUGGGAUCCGUGCUGCAUGACCCCACACAGUUCAGCAGCCCCGACACCUUCGACCCCAGCCAUUUCUUGGAUGGGAACGGCCAGUUUAAGAAGAGCGACGCCUUCGUGCCCUUCUCAAUAGGGAAGAGGUAUUGUUUCGGGGAGAUGCUGGCGCGCAUGGAACUCUUCAUCUUCCUCACCAGCAUCCUGCAGAACUUCCGCUUCCGCUCCCCCGUGGAGCCCAAAGACAUCGACAUCUCCCCGAAGCUGGUCGGGUUCGCCACCCUGCCCCGCAGCUACGAGAUAUGCCUGGUCCCGCGCUAGCAGCCCCGCGGAGCCAGACGGGAUUUCUGGGGGCAGCCUUGGGGAGGGAGGGGAAGGGAGAAACCUGGGGAUGUCAGGGGCCAGAGCAGCCGGGGACAGCUGCUGGCCUGCUCCCCGG